AUGCAUCGAACAACAAUUGCAAAGUACACAAAAUUCUCGGCAGCAGAGCUACAAAAAUCGGUUACCGAUCCGCUCUCUUGUGUGGCUGCAAUACAAUCAAACGAAAUCCUUAGUCUUCGACCGCGUGACUGCGAGCACAUUGUGAAAGGUGUACAACGAUGUGUGACGGACAAAAUUGGACGAUUCCAUAUGAAGGUAAAUGGUAUAGUGCUUGGAUACGCAAAAAUUCGCGUUGAAAAUACUCUACCCGCGAUUCGAUUAGAUAGCCCAUUUCUACACGUGCGGGCCACAGUCGAUUAUUACGUCUUCCAGCCAUGCUUAGGGUCUACGCUGCGCGGGACAGUGAACUACGUGUCGAAAGGUUUUGUCAGCGCUAUGAUCUAUCGGGUAUUUAGCGUGACCGUGAAACUUGGCGUAAUUGCAAAUAAGAAAAAUACCAUCGAAAAGGGUUCUCAAAUAGCGUUUAUAGUAAAAUCAUGUGACAUGAAAAGCGAAAUACCGGUCAUAGAAGGUGAGCUUGUGUCCGACGAAAUUGUCCCGAUAAAAAAACAAGUUACUGCGGAAAGCGACGGUGUGAUUGAAGAAUGUAUCGAGGAAGAACUUUCGUCCACCAAAAAAGAAAAGAACAUGAACAUGAAAAAGAAAGCCAGUGUUCUUUCGAAAAAAAUUACGACGGAAAACGGCGAUGACAAUGAGGACUGUAUCGAGGACGUACUUCCGUUUAUCAAAAAGGAAAUGGACACGACAAAGAAAGACAGUGUUCUCCCGCAAAAAUCGAGAAACGAUAUGAAACAGAAUGGUCUGCAAAACGGCAACAAAAACGUCUCAAUAGCUAUCAAAAAGGAACGAGUCUCGAGUGAGAGCGAUAGCUUCAGCGAAAAUUAUCAGGAGAAAGAGUCAAGCUCCCCGCAGUUAGAAGCGUCUGAUUCAGACAACGAAAAAAAUGAACUAAUUGAUUCAUUACUUGGAGACUUAUUUAGUGGGAAACAUAAUAAAAAGCGGAAAAACAAACGUAAAAAGUCGGAUAAUCCCAUGGAAACGAUAUCGAUUAAACAGGAGAAUACUUCAAUGGAUGAAGACUUCCAAGUAACACCUGGAAAGAAUUCUACAAAAUUGUCAAAGGUUGCAAAGAAAAUUCUCCAGUCUCCAAGCCCGAUGCGAAACGGUAGCUCGUUCGCAUCGGUAUCAGAAAGUUCUCCGGCACUGAAAAAGCGAAAUAUAAGUUUUAAUCUUGAUUUGAAUCAAACUGUUUAUAUCGAACCAAUCAAUCUGGAACCGAAAAUAAAGAAAAAGAAAAAAAUAUGA